GCGAGGAGCGCGGGCCCGACCGGCGGACGAAGAGGAGCGACGCGGCCGUCCCGCCCGGUGUAUGUGCGGUAACAACAUGUCUGUCCCCCUUCUCGCCGACGCCGUGACUGUCGCUGGAGCCGAGCGGGAGACGGCAGCGGUCAUUUUCCUGCACGGACUCGGAGACACGGGCCACAGCUGGGCCGACGCGCUGUCCUCCAUCCGCCUGCCCUACAUCAAAUACAUCUGUCCCCACGCACCUCGCAUCCCGGUCACCCUCAACAUGAAGAUGGUGAUGCCCUCCUGGUUCGACCUGAUGGGGCUGAGUCCGGAUUCCCCGGAGGAUGAGGCGGGGAUCAAGAAAGCGGCGGAGAACAUCAAGGCCCUCAUCGAGCACGAAGUCAAGAGCGGGAUCCCCCCGGAUCGCAUCGUCCUGGGGGGCUUCUCGCAGGGCGGGGCGCUUUCCCUGUACACGGCUCUCACCUGCCCGCACCAGCUGGCCGGCAUCGUGGCGCUCAGCUGCUGGCUCCCCCUGCACCGCGCCUUCCCCCAGGCGGCGGACGGCGGCGUCAACAGGGACAUCGCCAUCCUGCAGUGCCACGGGGAGCUGGACCCCAUGAUCCCCGUGCGGUUCGGGGCCCUGACCUCCGAGAAGCUCAAGUCCGUCGUCACCCCGUCCCGGGUCCAGUUCAAAACCUUCCCGGGCGUCAUGCACGGCUCCUGCCCGCAGGAGAUGGCCGCCGUGAAGGAGUUCAUCGAGAAGCUGCUGCCCCGGGUCUAGCGGAAGCCCCCCCCCCC